AUGAAGGGCGCGGGUGUGGUGGGAGCUGCCGUAGCGGGCUACUUCAUCCUCAACUCUGACAAUGCAGCCAAGGCGCAGCCAGUGCCCGCUGGCCAGCUGCCAGCUACGCAUCUCCUACACGCCGCACUCAGCUUCGUGUGGCUGGGCUUGGUGCUCGGCAUCUCGUUCCUCGAGUCCUGGGUCAAGUUCAGAGCCGACCUGAUCACGCGCGUGGUGGGUCUCGACGUGGGCCGCAACGUCUUCCACGCGCUCAACCGCGUCGAGAUCGUGUUCGCGCUCGCCGCGUUCCUCCUCACCGUGAAGGACAUCGUCGCCCACUCGCCCAGCACGCUCGUCACCGGCGUCUGGCUGGCCCCCGUCGUGAUCGUUGCGUUGCAGUCCCUUUGGCUGCAGCCGCUCCUCGACGCACGCGCUCGGAUGUUCAUCAAGGGCACGCCGCUGCCCAAGUCGCAGAGCUGGCUGCACCUGGCGUACGUGCUGGUCGAGCUGGCCAAGGUGCUCGCCCUCGCGCUGUCGCCGUUCCUCUACGCGCCCUUCUCCGGCCUUCUUGGCUUCUGA